AUGUCUAUAAUUCUCUGUCGGCAGCCUUCUAUGGAUUCCUCUCAUGUCCUAGAGGCAACCACCAUGAGGCUCAAACUGGUUUUACCCAAACCAGUUGAUUAUUAUUUUAAGCCAGAAAUAAACUCAUAUCUUUAUAACCAAAGAUCAUUAAAACUCAGCCAAAAAAGCCUUGAGCUUUGCACCGAAAGCUUAGGCAGCGAAACAGGCAGUGAAAUGAGCGAUAACGACGCCAUUUUUUCCGUCCCUACAUCGGUGACAAAGAGUCGAAGAGAUCGGGUGGAGUCAAAGAAGGUGUUACCGCGAAGCUUGCCACCUCCAUUGAUGACUAUGAGUGGAUCAAAACUGUUUCAAGUUCGGCCUCAUCGUGAAGGAGGGAGGCUGGUUAUCGAAGCGACAGAGACGAACUUUGGGAACGCUUGUUUACAUGCCGAAAGGAGCGAUGGCAGGCUUCGGUUGACAUGUUGGAAGAAUGUACAAGGGGAUUUGGAUAUGGGAAGCCAUGAAAAUGACAUGAAGGAGUCAGAGAAGAGUGAGGAUGAGAUAGAAAAAAAUGUAGUGAUUGAAACACAUAAGAGGUUGAGAAGGUGCAAUGAAGAUCAUGAGUAUGGAGAUAAAGGGAUAUGCUGUAAUUGGGAGCCUUGUUGUUGGGUGGCUACAUCUUAGGUUGCAUGAAUAUGAACUACACAUCGCUUUACCUUUUUUCUUUAUGACUAAGGAAAUUAAGAGAAUGUAAAUUAACUCCAAUAAACUAAAACAAUAGUAUACUUUUAAUGUGGGCAACAAUUCACGUGGUUGUAAUAUACUUAUUCGGAAUAUACUAGACAUAUAACUUGAGUCC